AGAGAAGAAGAAGAAGAAGAAAAAUGGAGAAGGAAGAUAGAGCCUACAAAGCUCACUGUUUAGUCGUCCCGUUUCCAACCCAAGGUCACGUUAAUCCCAUGCUCCAAUUCUCCAAGCGCUUACAGCGCAAAGGCCUCAAAGUCACACUCGCCACAACCCGAUCAUUUCGUAAGCUCUCAUCACCGCCGUCCACGUCCAUUGCAUUAGAGACCAUCUCUGACGGCUACGACGAAGGCGGUAUGGCGGUAGCCGAGAAUAUCGGUGACUAUCUGGACAGAUUCCGUGAAAUCGGGUCAAGGACCCUGACGGAGCUCAUUGAGAAGCUCUCGGACUUGGGGCAUAAGGUUCAUUGUAUUGUUUACGAUGCGUUUAUGCCUUGGCCGCUUGAUGUGGCCAAAAGGUUUGGGAUUGUUGGGGCAACUUUCUUCACUCAGUCUUGUGCUGUUGACAACAUAUACUACAAUGUCCAACAGGGGUUGCUCAAAGUUCCUCCAAGUACUGAUGAGGCUGAUGAGAUUUUGGUUCCGGGGGUGCGAGUACCUCUUCGAGCUUCGGAUAUGCCUUCUUUUGUUUCUGUUCCCAGUCAGUACCCGGCUUUUCUAAGAAUGGUUGUGGAUCAGUUCUCCAAUGUUGAUAAGGCUGAUUGGAUCUUCUGCAACACAUUUUAUGAGCUUGAAGUAGAGGAGGCGGAUUGGAUGUCAAAGUUCUGGCCAUUAUUGAGGACGAUCGGUCCAACCAUACCAUCCAUGUACCUGGAUAAACGACAUGAGGAUGACAAAGAAUAUGGCUACAGCCUCUUCAAGCCAAACAGUGAUGCCUGCCUGAAAUGGCUAAACGAACGACAAAAAGGAUCAGUAGCUUACGUCUCAUUCGGCAGCCUAGCAGAGCUUGGAGCCGAGCAAAUGGAGGAACUGGGAUGGGGUUUGAAGAACAGCAACAUCUACUUCUUGUGGGUGGUCAGAGAAAAAGAAGCAAACAAGCUUCCAAAAGGGUUUGCAGAGGCGAUAUCGGAGAAGGGUUUGGUGGUCUCAUGGUGUCCCCAGUUGGAGGUAUUGGCAAACGAAGCUGUUGGUUGUUUUGUUACGCAUUGCGGUUGGAACUCGACUUUGGAGGCAUUGAGCUCAGGGGUUCCGAUGGUUGCAGUGCCGCAAUGGACUGACCAGAGCACUAAUGCAAAGUAUAUUAUGGAUGUGUGGAAAAUGGGGCUUAGAGCUCAAGCUGAUGAGAAAGGGAUAGUGAGAAGGGAAGAAAUAGAAUGUUGUGUGAGAGAAAUAUUGGAGGGAGAGAGAGGGAAAGAGAUAACAAAGAAUGCUUUGAAGUGGAAAGAACUGGCUGGAAAGGCUGCGGAUGAAGGAGGAAGUUCUGAUAGGAACAUUGAUGAGUUCACUGCAAAACUUGUUCAGCAUGCAAAUGUACAUGUAGCUAGCUAAGUUUCAAGCUAUAUACAGUACGUGUUUCU